AUGGGUCAAAAUUCUAAAAAUGUUGUUACAUUCGAUGCCAGUGCAAAACUUACACAAUUUAUGAUGAAGAGUGUUGGUUUACCUUUAGACGCAUUUGAGGUUGAACUCCAAAAUAAAGGAUGGUGGAAAAUUUCCCAAGGGCUUUUAUUUGUAACAUCCUAUAUGGUAUUAUUUUUGUCAGUCCUUGGUGAAAUGAUAUUUUUUCAAAGAUCUCUCGUCAACUAUACUGGAUCUCUUGAUAUGACUGCAGUUGCUCCUUGUAUUGGAUUCUGUAUCCUCAGUUUGACUAAAAUGUUAACUGUCUCGUUGAAUUCCAAAAAAUUGAACAAAAUUUAUAUGGAAUUGCGAGAUAUGUUUCCAAAGGAUACUGAAAACAAAAUUAUUAUUGAGAGUAUGAAAAAAUCUGGAAGGAAUAUGCUUCAAUUUGUAAUACCAAAUGUCGGAUUGAUUCUGUGCUUCAAUUCCAUUCCGACAGUUGUUAUGUGCAUGCAAUAUUUUAAGGGCAAAGAAAUAACAUUUUCUUUGCCUUACUUAAUUUGGUAUCCCAUGGAUGUCUACAUCAAGCCAUUGUACGCUUUUAUUUAUGCUUUCCAAAUGUGGGCAGGAUUUGUUGCAGUUUUUGGUAAGCAAAUUGAAGAAAUAUUUAGCCCGUCCAUAUUAGUGAACUUCAUCGGCAGCUCCAUCAUGAUUUGUCUUUCGGGAUUUCAAAUCACUGCUGGUGUGGAUCCUGAUGAUUUAAUCACAUAUAUAUUGUUUCUAACAUCUGCGCUUUUACAAAUUCACACACUUUGCUCAUAUGGAAAUCAGUUGAUUGAUACAAGUGGUGCAAUUCGGUUUGCUGCAUACGAUUCUGGUUGGAUUGACGCUAAAGAAUCCUUCAAAAAAUCCUUGCAGUUCAUGAUGUUAAGGACACAACGACCGCAAAUUUAUACCGCCAUGAAAUUUUCCACGGUUUCAUUGGAAAGUUUUGGAUCAGUACUCAAAGCGUCUUUUUCAUAUUUCACAUUACUUCGAACUGUUUUAAGUAAAGAUUGA